AAAGCGUCCAGACACCCAGGGCUGUGUUCCGGUUUCCAUAUAUAGAGAUGAUCGCGUUUUACCUUAAAGCUGGAUCGGCGGUUGUCUUUCAAAUGUAAACGUUCCUGCAUCCGCUGCUUGUCGUAGUUCGGAUAUGUGAAAUUUACUUCGGUAAUUUUGUAGUUGCUUUGGAGAAUCGACCUAACUGUCCUGAUUUCUCGUUAAACCGUGCCUACCACAGUUAUGGCCCAUGUCACCUCCACCCCCUCCACCACCACCACCAGCGGCCGUUCGAGCCGCUCCGCCACGCGCCGCAGCGCAGCCGCCGGCCUGUCAGCGUCCAGCAGCAGCAGCCCAUCCUGUCUGUCCCGCAUUCAGGAGAAAGAUGAUCUCCGCAACCUCAACGACCGACUGGCCAACUACAUCCAGCGGGUUCAGGAUCUGGAAAGCGAGCGGUCCUCCAUGCUGAUCCAGCUGCAAAAGGAGGAAUCGAAAAGCCGGGAGAUGGGCAACGUCCGGCGGCUGUACGAAGAGGAAUUGGCCGAUGUCAGAAAGUCCCUGGACGGGUUGGCCGGAGAACGGGCCCGGCUGCAAAUAGUGCACGGAAAUAUGUGCGAAGACUACAAAAAACUCCAGUCCAGGAUUCAGAAGAAGGAGAAUGAUCUGGAAAAUGCAUUGGCACAGCUGAGGAAGGUUGAGGCAGCUCUUAGCUGUAAAGACUCUGAGUUUACCAAGCUGCUGUCUGACAACAGGAGACUCCAGGAAGACUUUGCUGAUUUACAGGCCCAACUAGAAAAUUUGGAGGGAGUACUGGCAGACACAAAGAACCACAUGAGCUCUGAGAUCCUAAGAAGGGUUGAAAUGGAGAACCAGGUUCAAACACUAAAAGAACAACUGGAACUCCAGAAGAACAUCAGUGAGCAGGAGAUUUUUGAGAUCCGAAGCAGGCACAAGAGCCGUCUGGUGGAGGUGGACGCAGGACGCCAGAAGGAAUUUGAAAGUAAAUUGGCUGAGGCGAUGCAGCAGCUUCGCCAUGACCAUGAGUCUCAGCUGCAGCAAUACAAAGAGGAGAUUGACAGGACCUUUAGCUCAAAGUUACAGAACGCACACCAAACUGCAUUGGAGAAAAAUGUUGCGGCCUCUGCGACCAAAGAUGAGCUGCAAUCCACCAAACUCAGGCUGGAGAUGCUCAGCUCACAGGUCCAGCAGUAUCAGAAAGAGAAAUCUAUGCUGGAGAGUCGUUUUCAGGAGCUAGAAAGGACUCAUGAGAAGGAACGUCAAAUUUGGCAGCAGAAGCUGAGUCAGAAGGACGAGGAGUUGUUGAAUAUGAGAAGCCGGAUGUACAGCCAGCUGGAAGAUUAUGAGAACCUGUUGGACGUCAAACUGGCUCUGGACAUGGAGAUCAAUGCCUACAGGAAGAUGUUAGAAGUGGGGGAACAAAGAUUGCAGCUGUCACCCAGCCCUUCCCAUUGCACAACCAUACCUCGAAUGCAUGACCACAGCAGUCGUAAAAUCAGAGGAAAGAAGCGCAAACGUGAGGGAGUCUCUGGAAGCUCACCUGCCCAUAAAAUGGCUAGUCUGCCAUCACAGCAUGGUGCUGUGAGCGUGGCAGAAGUCGACACGGCUGGAAGAUACAUCAAACUAAAGAACAACUCUGAGACGGAGCAGCCGCUAGGGGGUUGGGUAGUUAAAAGAACAUACCAAAACUCAGGCGACAUCUCCUUUCACAUACCAUCCACAUGUGUCCUGGCUGGUGGGCAGACACUCACAAUUUGGGCAGCAGGUGCAGAGGUGGAGGCUGAUUCUGGAGACCUGAUUCUGCAGAACCAUAGAAGCUGGGGUCCAAUUACUGACACAAGAGUAAUCCUCCUGAACCCCAACAAUGAAGAAAUGGCUGAUUGCAUGGUAUGCACACAGAUCACAGAUGAAGAGGAAACUGGAUUGGAAUUUGAUGAUGAAUAUGUGGCAGGCAGUGACUUCCAGGACUUCCAGAGAAGGGACCUGGCCAAGGAGGCCAGCUGUGCCGUCAUGUGACUUCUUUUUCAGCUCUCACCCCCUGGAAAAUUGGAAUGGCACUGGUCCUUGGAUCCAGCAUUCUAAUAAAAUAACCAUUUACCCUUUUGAUAAUCUGGAGUGGGAUAGUGAUGUGAAGCACUCUGAUGCCCUAAAACAAGCAUUGCAGUCAACCUCAGCACUUCUAACUUGUUUUAGAAAUGUACAAUAUAUGACUUUAUUUAAUUUAAAUAAAUGUAUUUGAAAUUCAACUAGCAAAAUAAAGGAUUUUUUUUAUAUACA